GUGAAAAAUUUUAAGUGCAGCGUAAAUUACACAAAAAUAUUCAGGCAACUGGACAUCUGAAAAAUCUGGCAUGGCGAUGCGACACUUGACAGCCGCCAGAAUGGGCGUAUUGCUGAAAGUGGGCGUGCUGGGAUUUGUGGUGCUGAUGCAGCUGGUGGGAUCGGUGCUUGGACAUGGUCGCCUAAUGGAUCCGCCGGCCAGGAAUGCCAUGUGGCGAUUCGGCUAUCCCAAUCCGGUGAACUACAACGACAACGAGCUCUUCUGCGGCGGCUAUGCGGUGCAAUGGGAGCGAAACAAGGGACGCUGCGGCGUCUGCGGCGAUGCCUACCACGUCAAGUCGCCCAGGCCGCACGAGGCUGGUGGUCAGUACGCCAAGGGCAUCAUCUCCCGCUACUACACCGCCGGCCAGACCAUCGAUGUGGAGGUGGAGCUGACUGCCAAUCAUUAUGGCCGCUUCGAGAUGUUCCUCUGCCCGAACAACAAUCCGCGACAGGAGGCGACACAGCAGUGCUUCGAUCGUUAUCCAUUGCUCAUUUCGGGCAGUCGGGAGCAUCGGUAUCUGAUACCGCGCGAUGCCAAAAAGAAGGACAUAUUCCGAUACAAGGUGCGUUUGCCGCCAUAUGUCACCUGCACGCAGUGCGUCCUCCAGUGGACCUACUAUACGGCCAACAUGUGGGGCACCUGCGCCAAUGGCACCGAGGCCGUGGGCUGCGGCAAGGCAGAGACAUUCCGCAACUGUGCGGAUGUGGCGAUCGUUUCGAACACUGGCGGCGGUGUUCCACCGCUUUUCGUGAACAACAAGUCGCCAUAUCUGCUCUAUUAUCGGGACUAUCGUGCUCCGGCGGACAACAACGUCUUUCCACUUAUUGUGCGUGACCAGAAGUGCAUCGGCGCCCCAGCGUUCCGUACCUUGCCGGGCAUCGACAACUGGUGCGAGAUCAACUGCCUGCGCUAUCCGCCCAAUUGUCCGGAGGACGCCUGCCAAUGUCCUCAGGAGUGCGUGGCCAUUGGCGAGUAUGCUGGACAGGAUGGAGCUGACACCUACUGCAUGGACAAGUGCCUCAACUACGAAUCGGAGUGUCCGCCGGACAGAUGCCGCUGCUACUAAGACGGACUGCGAGCCACAGCUGUGCUGCCCACCCAUUGCCCAUGAGGAGGAUGCGAGAUGCGAGAUCCAAUGAAUUGAAUUUAAUCGAAGACACA